UGCUCAACUCCUUCACUACUGCACUGGCUGUUGAGGGAUCAACGCUCUGUUACAAAAAUGGAGUCCCCCCUGACAGAACUUCCCACCUUGCUGUCCAAUCAAUCCAUGGAGAGCUGUCCACCUGUGGACAAUACAGUGGAGAACAUGAUCUUUGGAUUCUACUACAUCAUAGUUUUCCUCCUGGCGCUGAACGGCAAUAGCCUUGCCCUGUGGAUCUUCGCCCGCCAGAGAGGCAACUCUUCUCCAGCCAACGUCUUCCUGCUUCAUCUCGCUGUGGCCGACAUGUUUUACGUCUUCGUUUUACCCCUCAGAGCCACUUAUCAUUUAACCGGGGGACACUGGCCAUUUGGUGAAAUCCCCUGCCGUCUUGCGGGCUUCUUCUUUUAUGUCAACAUGUACGCCAGCUUGUACUUCCUGGCCUGUGUUGCAGGCGAUAGAUACCUUGCUGUAGUACACGCCGUACAUUCCCUUAAGGUCAGGCGCCCUCGCUACGCUCACAUAGCCAGUUUUGCACUAUGGGCUUUGGUGAUAGUGUCUAUGGCACCCCUACUGGUCACUAAGCAGACUGCAGAAGUCAAUGGCUCUACUGUAUGCUUGCAGCUAUACAGAGAAAAGGCUUCACGGCGUGCGCUCAUCUCUCUCGUCGUAGCCUUCACACCACCUUUUAUUGCCACACUGUCUUGCUACCUGCUGAUAGUGAACAGUCUGCGGAAAGGUUCAAGGCUGGAGCCAGCACUCAAACUCCGAGCUCUCCGCACCAUUGGUCUGGUCAUGCUCAUCUACAUAGUGUGUUUUUUGCCCUAUCACUUAAGCCGUGCAACCUUCAUCCUGGGUUACUCACACCCAGACCUAUCCUGCCAAAUCAAAAGAGGACUAGCCCUGGCUAACCGGCUUACUUCCUCUCUAACCUGCCUGAAUGGGGCUUUGGAUCCCCUGGUCUAUCUGUUUGCGGCUGAGAAGUUCAGGGGAAGCGUUCGCAGGAUUUUCUGCAGAGACAAGUCGGGGGGGUCCGGCGCUACAAGCGGGGACCUGAAAGGCACACAUGAGAGCUCUCUGAGCGCAAAGUCUGAGUUCUGAGAAAGCACUUCAAAUCGUACAGAUGGUAUGAAUAUUUUUCAUUGGUUUUAGUGAUUCGGCCUACACUUUCUGAUAGUGUGGGGUCAGGUAAAGAUCAGAAAGCCUUAUGAAAACAACCAUGUGAUUUGGACAUAUUAAAACAACUGUAUGUAAGUUUAAAGAUCAGUUUUAAGUCACUUUGAUGGUACACUGAUUUCUAAUAAGGUGAAUGGCUUCUGUUUUUUUCCCCUAACGUCUGUUAGGAGUAUAUAAGUUUGGUGAGUGGGUACGAAGGCCGGUGUUCUGUCGAUUUGUGCUACCCUGUCAGAUUUUGCUACCUCGCAUUAAAACAGUAGGUAGUACAAUUCGACAACGAUAAAUGCUAACUGUCAAAUUAUGGUUUAUUCAUUUCUACACUUACCACAACCCUAAACCUACCCUUACAGUAAUGCAAAUACAGUA